AGCAAUAAUCAUCGAUCAGCCGCUUAGCUCCGCCUCUCAGCUACACUUCAGCAAGCACAACCGAACAGUAUUUCCGUCAUGGAGAACGAUUUUGCCAUUGCACAUGCCUAAUCUUAGAGCUACUGAACAACAAACCUAUGAAUUCUUGACCUACUCUACAGAGAGUGUCUAUACACGACGUCAUGAUGGAUUUGAUACACCAAGGAGAAGAAGCGGGGCCGGAUCCGGAAGCUGAACAGCAUAGCGACUUGACGUUCCAUAGAUUCAUGGACCUGCCUCCCGAGCUUCGCGAGGCUAUCUGGCGGAAUGCACUUCCAGAGCCACGCAUCGUCAGUGUCCUGGUGUACGCAUUUCCGGGGCUGAAACUAGCGCCGCUGAACCGCGGCGAGCUCAAGUUGGACUUGUCUCAAGUGUGCUACGAAUCGCGGCGUGUCGUCAGAGAAGCUGGCUAUGUCUUGGCCCUCAGGGACGAAGAUGACCCAAAAGAUACUGGAGUUUGGUUCCAUCCUAAGAGAGACAUCCUCGAAAGAACGUUGUGGGGUCCGGGAGAGGAGGAAUGGGGCUUGAGUUAGUAGCAAGACGGUGCUUGGGAUUUGGCCAAAACCUGUGCAGUGUAGCUUAGGCUCUUCAAAAUGUCCAUAUGCAUCCAACAAGCAUUCAGCGAUCUGAAGUACCGUCAACUCUAGAUGCAUGUCUUUUAGGACCACUUUGUGAUUGCUCAGGUGUGUCCUCAAGGCGAAGUGUCUCAGACAGCUUGGCCAACUAUAAUGUGAUCCAGCGACAAAAUAGCCGCGCAAGGAGGAGGUUGUGAAGGAUAAUUAGAGGCUGCAUAUCAUUUGGUUAUGUGGUGGAAUUGACAAUAUUGGGUGGUAGGCUAGGCGGGUAUACAUUUCCCCAGUAACAAGCUGGAGGUUGGUUUCGUGUCUACUUGUUUCAAGCACUGGUUACUUAGAUGCGUAGUAGCCUUAUAAUAUCCAAU